CAGUGGCAUUCACUACACAAGCCACAUUUUGUAGAUAAUAGCAGUAGUUGUAGCUGACAUUGCAUAAGAGCUUGGGUGUUCCGUUAAGGACAUCAGGAAAAAGACUGGAAUCAACUCUUGUCACUGAACCAUACUGAAAAUGCGUGAAAUUGUGCAUCUCCAGAUCGGACAAUGUGGAAACCAAAUUGGAGCUAAGUUCUGGGAAAUCAUAAGCAGCGAACAUGGAGUCGACAUCACAGGAAACUACUGUGGUGAUUCGGUGCUACAGCAGGAGAGACUAAAUGUGUACUUCAAUGAAGCUUAUUCCAAUAAAUAUGUUCCCCGUGCUAUCCUAGUAGACCUGGAACCAGGAACGAUGGACAGUGUGCGAUCAAGCAAAAUAGGUCCACUCUUUCGCCCUGAUAACUUUAUUCAUGGAAAUUCGGGUGCCGGGAACAACUGGGCCAAAGGUCAUUACACGGAAGGAGCAGAGCUGAUUGAAAAUGUAAUGGAUGUCCUGAGGAAUGAGUGUGAGGGUUGUGACUGCCUCCAGGGCUUUCAGCUCGCCCACUCCCUGGGUGGCGGAACAGGCUCUGGCAUGGGCACUCUUCUGAUCAACAAAAUCAAGGAAGAAUACCCGGACAGGAUCAUGAACACUUUCAGUGUGCUGCCGUCACCCAAAGUUUCAGACACUGUCGUUGAACCCUACAAUGCCGUCUUAUCCAUUCACCAGCUGAUAGAGAACACAGAUGAAACCUUCUGCAUUGACAAUGAAGCUUUGUAUGACAUUUGUUUUAGAACCCUGAAGCUCCGCUCUCCAACCUACGGAGACCUGAAUCAUUUGGUGUCUCUCACCAUGAGUGGCGUCACCACCUCGCUCCGCUUUCCUGGGCAGCUCAAUGCAGACCUGAGAAAGUUGGCAGUCAACAUGGUGCCCUUCCCCAGACUCCAUUUCUUUAUGCCAGGCUUUGCUCCAUUAACAGCACGAGGCAGCCAGGAAUAUAGAGCUCUCUCGGUUCCAGAGCUCACUCAACAGAUGUUUGAUGCAAGGAACAUGAUGACAGCCUGCGACCCACGUCAUGGGCGGUACUUGACUGUGGCGUGCAUCUUCAGAGGCCACAUGUCGACCAAGGAGGUAGAUGAACAGCUCUUGGCUGUGCAGACCAGGAACAGCAGUCACUUUGUGGAGUGGAUCCCCAACAACGUCAAGGUGGCUGUGUGUGACAUUCCACCUCGUGGGCUAAAGAUGGCGGCUACCUUCAUAGGGAACAAUACAGCCAUACAGGAGAUCUUCCGCCGGAUCUCGGCACAGUUCUCGGCAAUGUUCAGGAGAAAAGCAUUUCUGCAUUGGUACACUGGUGAAGGAAUGGAUGACAUGGAGUUUUCUGAAGCAGAAGGCAACACUAAUGACUUGGUGUCUGAGUACCAGCAGUAUCAAGACGCUACAGCAGAGGUAGAGGAAUAUGAAGAAGUAGAAGUGGAAGUAGAAGGGGACAGCAGUAAAGAAGAAAAGGAAACCCUUUAAAAUUAAAGAAUAGUGAUUGAACUUAUCCCCUCCCCAGCAAACUAAUUACUGCCGAUAAGGUGGCUGGGCUCACCUGCAUUUCUGACUGAACUUUUAAUGAUACACUGCGUUCAGGUUUGUGUUUUGUUUUUGUUUUUUGCAUUAAGCCAAACUACACACAACUACACUGUCGACUCUUACAUACCAGAAAACAUAAUCCUACUUGUAGCUGUUUAAAGUUGGUAUCCCCAGCUGAUCAAAGCAGUUAGCAGUUCUUCUGAAGUAGUACCUUUAAUUGCUAAUAAAGCAUUUUAACAAUAAAAGUUAUAAACAUUACAGCUUCCUAAAUCGAAAGAGUACAUCAAAGUGCUUCAGUUGACGGGGCAGAUUAUGACAGACAGCAGGAUGCCUGACAGCAGUGAAGCAAAGUAAGGUAACUCUACCAGUCCAGCACUUGCAACAUCAGUGAAUCUGGAUGCAGUUGUAUAUUUUCAUUAAGAGUAACAUUCAGCCAGUUCAAAGGAGCUUGGAGUUAGUAAUGGCUAAAGGAGGUACUCAAUACUAUAGGGUCAUUUCUAUAGUUCCUUCUGAUUGCCAAGCUAUCUCCACUUGGGAAGACCCCAAUUAUCCCAAUUAAUUUUCGCAUAACAUCAUUUGUACAUACUUGCCAUUUUGAAAUGAACUGAAGUGCAUCCUAACAGAACCUUAAUGCAAAUUGAUUCUAAGAAACAAAUGAAAGAAGAACAAAAUGCCAAGAGCAGGACAAAUAAUUAAGCUGGUCUGUGCUUUAGCUGAACUUACAAUCCAUUCAUUAAAAAAAAUAAUGGAGUCAUCUCUCUAGAAAUGCAAAGAGAACUGCACUGCUGUAGGAAAUGAAGGGUCCUUGUUUAGCAUUAUUUCUUCACUUUUAAUGAAUAUGAUACCUAUAGAAAGUCGCCAGUAGGCUAUGAAAUAAACAAUUAUCCCGUACUCAGAGACAGUUUUCCCUACAGGCACAAAGGCUCCACUUAGCUACAGCAGCUAAAGGCCAUUCAUAAUGCCAGCUCUCGUUAUUUAUCCGAUGCUGUUAAGCUAGUAAUCAUUGCUAGUGAGCCAGAGAAUGUUAAGUAUUAUGUAUUGUGAAGAAACACUUCAUUUUGUCUAUCCUGAUCCUGACAAGUUAUUUUUAAGACCCAUAAUAUUAACACUGGAGGAAGACAGCAGCCUUACUGUAUUGAAGUCAAGGUCAAUGGUGAAUUCAUCACUACUUCAACAGGGUCAGGAUUGCCAUUUACACUAGAUGCAGUCAUUUGCAGCCUUUUAGCAGGUAAAAUGUACUCAAUUUAUAGGGCUGCAGUCCUAAGACUUAAGAAUAAAGCUAAACAUUGUAAGAGCUUCAGGUGAAUGAGUAGUAUAGUUUGAGCACUGCAAUUGGUCUGCAUGCAUUUUCUUGUUAGUUAAAUAUUUAUAGAAUAUAUAUUAUUAUCUUUUCUAAGCAGCCAUUUCUUAUUCUUCAAUGCAACCUUGGUGUUCAUUAAAACCAACUAAGGAUCCCAUUAGCUUCAAAUAUUAAAUAUGUUCCUUGGUGACUAGAGCCUAUUAGAUGCAUGAAAUGGUAUCCAGAGAUUAUAAUACUAUUCACAUCUACAUGGCAGCAAGCCCAACUCUACACAGUGGGAUUUACCGUACUUCUCUGUAGACAAAAGCAGAGUCAUGCGGCCUUUUGGGAUAUGUGUGUCUCCAUGCACACACCUGUGUAUGGAGAGUUUCAAAUUGGGAGUCCACAAGGCAAGAAAGGGGUGGUUGUAGCACAGCCUUCCCCAGUGCAAUGCCCUCUUGCUCUCUUUGAUUACAAUACCCAUCAAAGUAGCUAGCACGGUAAACAAUGAGGUUUUGAUGGGAGUGGAGGUUGGAAAGGCUGUAGCAGGUAGCCUAUGCAGAAAGCAAGUGUAGAUCAUCUGUCACCAUGACCUUAACUUGAACGAUAGUACUGACACCAUUAGGGGUACAAUUAUUUAUCGAAAGGAGGCAAACCCUGAUCCUUAAUGUGUCCAUUGAUGUGCCAAAGACAUAAUACUGUUACUCUUGGUGCUUGUAGCAAACUUGCCUUACUUUAGAACACCACUUGGAUCUGCCUGCCAGGUAAUGCUGGUCAUUGGUUCUCAGCAAACUCUUAUCUGGACUUAUAUUAGGUGAUGGAAGUUGCACUCUAAGCAUAACAGAAAGGCUUUAAGUUGUGCAUUCUUGCUUUGGAGGCAUAUAAUAAAGCAGAAACAACUAUGAAUGAAGUUUCGCCUCUCCAGAAGAGAAUUCCAAGUGUAUUAGCUUUUAGCAUAACCUUAUUUUGAUCCAUGUGAUGUAGGGAAUUUAAGUCAGCUUUCUUUGCUUUCUAACUCAAAGUUUUAGUGCUCAUGAGUGCAUUGUUUUGACAUAUUUGGUGCAAACUGUUGAAUGCUUAUGAAUUAUUACUUUUUCUUUUCUUAUAAAACUAGCACAAAAGAAGCAUUAACAUUAUCUUCCUGUGUGACAAAGAACAAGCAUUUAUCCCACUAACCAGUUUACAGUGGUACCUCAACUUACGAAUGUCUCCACUUAUGAACAUUUUGAGUUACGAACGGCUCUG